AUGGCAGAAGCAAGUGAAAAGUACGACGAGAAAGUCGAGUCUCCAGGCCAAUCGACCCUCACAUUACCUCCCUCCCAAGACCUCGAACCCGAGCGCGAAUUCGCAGACAUCACCUCGCCCUCGCGCCCACAAUCCCAGGGACAGAGACCAUCGUCUAUCCACCGCACGAUUACACACACGCGCUCGAACAACGGAUAUGGAUGCGCUGAAGAGGACGGGAGUUCAGAAGAUAUAGAGGCGGUGGGUGUGGUAGAGAAGGAUCCCUGGGAGGUCCAUUGGGAGGGUGGGGAUAGUGAUCCUUUGAAUCCGAGGAGUCUUAGUACGGCGAAGAAAUGGGUGAUUGUGAUUAUUGUAAGCAUGAGCUCGCUUUGUGUGACUUGCACUUCUUCCAUCUACUCGUCCACAUAUGGGCAGAUCACAAAGGAGUUUCAUUGCUCCAGGAUUGUAGCUACACUAGGACUUUCACUCUUCAUCAUGGGGCUUGGUAUUGGCCCCAUGUUACUUUCACCACUUUCUGAGUUCUAUGGUCGCAGACCGGUGUACCUGGUUUCGUUUAGCAUGUUCUUCAUAUGGAUCAUUCCCUCUGCUGUAGCUCAAAAUAUCCAAACCAUGCUAGUAGCCCGGUUUUUGGACGGGCUCUCUGGUAGCGCAUUUUUGUCUGUAGCAGGAGGCACCGUUGGGGACAUGUUCAACCGCGAUCAACUUCAGCUUCCGAUGUUGAUAUACACGGCAUCUCCUUUCGUCGGACCAUCUAUCGGACCCCUCUUCGGAGGUUUCAUUAACCAAUACUCGACUUGGAGAUGGACCUUCUACAUGUUGCUUAUCUGGUCAGGUGCAAAUUUGGGACUAAUUGUUCUUCUCGUCCCGGAAACCUACCACCCCGUCAUGUUGAGAAACAAAGCUCAGAAAAUGCGGAAAGAGACAGGAGAUGAGCGUUGGAAGGCUCCGAUGGAAAAAAUGGACAAGUCAAUUCCGAAGACAAUCGCGCAUUCGUUGAAACGCCCAUUCCAGCUUUUGAUUCUCGAACCUAUGGUUACGAAUCUCUGUCUAUUCUCCGCUAUCUUGUUGGGGAUUCUGUACUUGUUCUUCGGAGCUUUCCCCGUUGUUUUUGAGGGCAAGCACGACUUCACACUGUCCCAGGUCGGAUUAAGCUUCUUGGGCUUAUUCGUCGGAAUGUGUAUGGGCGCACUUACUGAUCCUUUCUGGCACAACAACUACGUCAGGCUUAUCAAGCAACGGGAAGCAGCAACCGGUGAAGUCGGAGCCAGUGAGCCAGAAUACAGACUUCCUCCGGCCAUUGCUGGGGCUGUCCUGGUCCCUGCCGGAAUCUUCCUGUUCGCUUGGACAACAUAUGCUUCGGUGCAUUGGAUUGUUCCUAUCAUCGGAUCAAGCAUUUUUGGCAUGGGAACUCUCCUCGUCUUCAGUGGCAUCUUCACCUUCCUCGUCGACGCAUACCCUCUGUAUGCAGCUAGCUCGUUGGCUGCGAAUAGCUUCGCUAGAAGCAGCUUUGGUGCUGCAUUCCCACUUUUUGGCGUACAGAUGUACCACAAGCUGGGCGAUCAAUGGGCUACGAGUCUAUUGGGCUUCUUAACGUUGGCCAUGAUGCCCUUCCCAUACAUAUUUUUCAGAUACGGAAAGAAGAUUCGCGGCAAGAGCCGCUUUGCAACUGCUUAA